AUGAGCGUUUUCUUACAUCCUUCAAAGACUGCCAAGAAACAUAAGUUGUCAUUCAGCCGUAAUUUGAAUUCUUACAAUAACAGCUACUUUCGAAAGAAAAUGAAACAUACUGAUGUAGUGAGCUAUCCAAUCAGAUGUGCAUUGUAUCCAUGCGCUGCAUAUUCAAAUAACAGUACGUUACCGCCCCUCCGAAAUUCAGCAAAGAAAGAUGGACAAUGGUCAAAAGUGGUUAAGUUACAUGAGAAGAUGCGUCCUAUUCGUCGAUAUGCAAUAAAAUAUUGUUUAACAACCAAGAUGAACUUCCCUGAAACCCACUAA